AUGGUUUCGCGAUAUGCCUGGUCCCUGCACUUGCUCACCGCCGCCCUCACUCCCUCCUUUCUUAUUUGCCUUUGUGAGUCUCUCACUCUUGCCCUCACUCACUCUCUUCUCCUUCCCCUCGAGUCUCGCUGCCGAAGCAGAAUGGCCACCCUUUUUACGAAAAAUUUAGACAAGAGUGAGUGCAUCUAUCUUGCUCAGUUAGCUCAGAAGUUAGGCAAAUUUGAUCAGAUGGCUUAUUUUAUGCAUAAAUGGGUGCUUUCUUCAGUCUUACCGGUGGAGCUCGACCUAGAGGAGAGGAAUCUUCUCUUUGUCGCACAAAACAACGUGAUUGAAUCUCUCCGGACAGCCCGUCAGACCUUCUUGGCAGCCCAGCAAGAAGAGAGGGAGAAGGAUUGCGUUUCUAGCUAUCUUUAUCUUAUUGGAAAAUAUAUAUCGGAUGCUGAGUACCGCUUAUCCAAAGAAUGUUAUAACAUGCUGGAGCUCUUGAAAUCUCAUCUGAUUCCCCCUGCUCGUGCGACUGACGAUAAGGUCUACUAUUAUACGAUGGAAGGGGAUUAUUACGGAUACCUGGCUCAGGUCAAGGAUGAGGAGGAGCGUAAUUGGCAUGCUGCAAAGGCCGAGACAGCUUACGUGAAUGCUCAGGAACUGGCUACUGACCUUAUUGCCACCCAUGAAACAAAGUUGAAUCUGGCACUCAACCAUUCUACUUUCCUUUAUGAUUUUCUCAAGAAACCUUGUGAAGCAUCUGAGAUAGCUAAGAAGGCUUUUGAAGAGGCAGCUGAUGAGCUGGUGAAGACUCUGGGAAAAGGACCCUACGAUGACAGCGGCACAACAGUUGUCAUGAAACUUAUAAGAGACAAGCUUAAGGUUUGGGAGUCUGAGGCACCGGGCCGGCUGCACAAGAGGCCAUGGCGUUCCGAGUUCUUCCCUUAA